GGCCGCUGGCGAAUAACUCAACCUGCGCCAAGACAGCCUGCGUCAAUCGUCUAUCUAUUCUCAUAUGGGUGAUCAUCGGCUGGGCGAACAUCUGCUGGCUUCGGGAAUAGUCCAAAAAUAGUUCUUGUUUGAUACAACUCUUCCUUCCUAUGACUCACUGUCAAAAGUACUUGACGACAUAAAAGAUAAAUUGCCAGUCGAUCGCCGAAAGCAGAUCCCAAGAGACUUUUUUUUCUUCGUUCCUGUUCGCUCCAUAUUUUGUUCGGAGAGUAUUGCAACUUGCAAAGAAUACUGUUUCCCUGGUUCCAGCACCAGGAUCAGGAAAAAAAAUGCCUCGUUACGAGCUAGAGUACCCCCAGAACGCACUGAACUCGGUCAAGCGCCACAAUGAGAGAGGGGACUACUCCCUCACCACCAUCCACACCAUAAUAAACAGCUCCCGUAUCCUCCACGUCUCCUUCACAGACCCCUCGUCCCCUUUCCCAAUCACGCUGCCCAUGAUAGGCAAGGUGGGAUCCUUUGCCCGGCCCUCCUCGUCCGUGGCCGACGUGUUGGAUCUCUACCUGCACGGCUACGUCUCCAUGCGCAUGGCCAACGUGGCACGCUCCCAGGGCAACAAUAACAACAACAACAACAACAGCAGCAGCAGCAGCAGCAGCAGCAGUGACGGCAGCAACGGUCGCGCAGGCGUGCCGGUAUGCGUGUCGGCGGCGCACGUCGACGGGCUCGUCCUGGCCCUCUCACCCUUCUCGUCGAGCUACAACUACCGCUCGGCCGUCUUGUUUGGGCACGCAGUCGUCGUGACCGACGAGGCGGAGAAGCUGUACGCCAUGGAGCUCAUCACCAACGGGGUCGCCUCGGGCCGCUGGGAAAACUCGCGUCAGCCUCCGACGGCCGGCGAGAUCCAGAGCACGAGCGUCCUGCGCGUCAAGAUCCAGUCCGGCAGCGCAAAGGUGCGGGCGGGCGAGCCGCACGAGGAGACAAGGGACGCCAAGGACGAAGAGCUUGUCGGUCGCGUCUGGACCGGUGUGGUGCCCGUGUACGAAAUGUUGGGGAACCCCCUCCCCGCAUCUGCUAACCGUGUCGCCGAGGUACCGGCCCAUCUGGCUGACUACGUGAAGGACUCCAAUGAGUUUACUUUGGAGAGGGCUUUGCAGGCUGCUGUAGAGCCGGAGAAGAAAGCCACGCGGUAGCGCUAUUGAGGUCUGGUCUCUUUCAUAAUGUAUUUUGAAACAAAGCAGUGACGGUCUUUUUUUCUUGUUUGGGUAAAAGUCUACGAUAGAUGAGUGCAAUAAGGAUGGAUUUCUUCCUGGUG